AUGGAAUCAAAUUUCAAAAUUCCUAUUUGGUUGGACUGUGAUCCUGGCCACGAUGAUGCUUUCGCCAUACUCCUCUCAGCUCACCACCCACACCUCAAGCUCCUGGGCCUCUCAACAGUCCACGGCAACUCCUCCCUUCCCCACACAACCCACAAUGCCCUCUCUCUCCUAGCCGCUAUCGGAACCCCCAACAUCCCCGUCUACUCUGGCGCGUCAGAAUCUCUCACUCGCUCCGCCGUCCAUGCCCCAGCAAUCCACGGAGAAUCCGGCUUGGACGGGACAUCCCUCCUCCCUGCCCCAUUAGCACAGCCCAUCAACGAGCCAGCAGUCCAGGCAAUGGCCAAAGCACUCCUCUCCACCCCCCCUCAAACAGCCUGGCUCGUAGCAACAGGCGCCCUAACCAACAUUGCUCUCCUCUUCUCCUCCCACCCAGAGCUAGCAUCUCACAUCAAAGGCCUAAGUAUAAUGGGUGGUGCAAUCGGUGACGGUUUUACAUCCGCACCAAUGGGACGCGUGGGCGGUGAAGAGACGGCGCGGAUAGGGAAUUGGAGCGCGUGGGCUGAGUUCAACAUUCUUGUUGAUCCGGAAGCUGCUUCUCAGCUCUUCUCCAAUCCUGUUCUUUCGAAAAAGACGACGUUGAUUCCGCUCGAUGUCACGCAUCUGUGUCUUGCUACACCAGACGUGCAAAACUUGCUGUUGUGGGGGAAAGAUGGUGUAAAGAAUGGGAAUGAAGGAAAGACGACUUUGAGGAGGAUGUUGAGUGAUUUGUUGAUUUUCUUCGCUAAUACCUAUGCGGAGGUCUUUGGAAUUACAGCGGGGCCGCCGUUGCAUGAUCCGCUUGCUGUUGCAGCUGUCUUUGAUGGGAUUGUUGGGGUGGAGAUACCGUUUUAUGAUUUUAAGUCUACGGGGACUGGAGUAGAGGAUGGAUUGGGAAGUGGUGUGGGAGGGGAGAAAAGAAGAAGGGAAAGAUAUGAGGUGAAAAUUGUGACGGAGGGGAGUCAUGAUGAUGCGUUAAAGGGAGCGCAGACUGGGAGGUCGAUUAGGGGGGAGGAUGGUCUGAAGAUUCCUAGGGGGUUGGAUAUUGGUCGGUUUUGGCAAGUGCUGGAGGAAUGCCUGGAGAGGGCGGACGAAGUAAAUGCUGCGAAUAGAACCUCUUACACUGAAGGCACAUCAUUGACCGCCCUGCUCGUUCCGAUAGAGGAGAAUGUUCCAGGCUUUCUAGUAGUCGAUAAUGUUUUGAAGGCAGUGAUCAAACAUGAAAUGAAGGCGAUUGGCCUUUCGUAUCACAAACUCGAAUACAAUUGGGGCAUAAGGAGUAUUGGAGUCAUGCUAUCCCCAGCUGCCUAUCUUUCAGAGUGUAAACAUCCACAGCUGGAUCUAGGACCGCUAUGGAGAAGCACUACGGCCUGGGUGACUGCCGUGAAUUAG